UUCAAAUGAGACAGUUCAGCUCACAGUAUGAUCCGAAACGAAGGACACUCCUCAAUUAUCCCUCCGCGAGAAGAUAGGUGGCGUGUGUUAGAAGGUCUCUCUCGCCUCUAUAUCGCAGGAAAGAAAGCGAAAAAGUGUCAUUAGAGGAGGCGUAACACGUCAGUGCGUCCCCAGGUCUGUUUCGUGAAGUGGCUAAAGGAGAUCAGUCCUAACCUGGCCACCAGGAAUAACGGUCCCUCGCCCCGCUAUUUCCAAGGCUCAUUAUUCCAUCUUUGGGGAGGGGAACAAAAAAAAAAAUCCACGGUGCAGCACUUUUCUUCUGCCAUUUCUUCCUGACGCUGCCUUCUCUCCAACCAGCUGUUUCAAGGAUCACGCUGGCGCUCGGGGCUGCCCCGCUGCUGAUUCAAGGAGUGGAGCCCAUGCGGACUGCCAUCUGACCUACUCUUAUCAAUGAAGCAGGAGAUCAUGGCGGAGGGUCCCCGCUGCAAGAGGCGAAAACAAGCCAACCCACGGAGAAAGAACGUGCUGAACUAUGAGAAUGUGGUGGAGACAGGCUCGGAGACAGACGAGGAUGACAGGCCGGUGGUCUCGGGGGAGAACGGGCUGGCCAACGGGGAGGAGGAAGCGGGCAGCCCUGCCGGCGUGCCCACCCUGGAGGCAUCACCCAGGGUCGCCCAUGCCCUGCUGUCCUACCGGGGCCAGGAGGGGUCAGAGGGCAGGGACAGCCGGCAGAACCACCACGCCUGGCGCCUCGGGGACGACACACACAGCCACCUCAACGGCACUGAUGAAAGGAAGGAUGAAUAUGAACCCUUGGGGCCCGAGGGGUCUCUUCAUGCUGUGGGUAAUGGUACAGUGAAGGUACUUGAAGGCGUCUCGGAGUUGGACGAGUACCUCUUAAAACGUAAACUGGAGGAGAGCGACGGCCAUCCAGCCAGUAUUGCUGAAUACCUGCAACGUGGUGACACGGCCAUCAUUUACCCAGAAGCCCCCGAGGAAGUGACACGGCUGGGCACGCCGGAGGCCAUUGGUCAGGAUGAAAAUGAAAAUGAUCUGCCACCUGGCACUCCGGAUGAUUUUGCCCAGCUCCUGACCUGCCCUUACUGUGACCGGGGCUACAAGCGCCUGACAUCGCUGAAGGAGCACAUCAAGUAUCGCCACGAGAAGAACGAGGAGAGCUUCCCCUGCCCCCUUUGCUCCGAGACCUUUACUCAUCGCACACAGCUGGAGCGCCAUAUGGCCACACACAAGCCAGGGAGAGAUCAGCCCCAGCUGCUGAACGAGGGUGCUGGCAACCGUAAGUUCAAAUGCACCGAGUGUGGAAAGGCCUUCAAAUACAAGCAUCACCUGAAGGAACAUCUCCGCAUUCACAGCGGUGAGAAGCCAUAUGAGUGUUCAAACUGUAAAAAACGGUUCUCACACUCGGGGUCCUACAGUUCCCACAUCAGCAGCAAGAAAUGCAUUGGCCUGAUUGCUGUUAAUGGACGUGUACGCAAUGGAAACAAUGCCAAGCCUGGCUCCUCCCCUAACUCCACCACUUCCUCCCCUGGUAGCCCUGCUUUGGUCCAGCUUCGUCAUAAACUGGAGAAUGGACGGCCACUUGGUCCACAAGACCAACAGGGUCAACUUGACAUCAAAGCAGAGCCAAUGGACUUCAAUGACUACCGGCUACUCAUAGCAUCGCAGCACGGAUUUGGGGGACCAGGUGCCUACAUGAAUGGAGCUGGCCGUGGAGGAAGCCCUCUUGGAAUCCAUAGCUCCUCACAGAGCCCCCUGCAGCAGCUGGGGGGCAUGGGGCUAGACCUCCCCUUGCUGGGCUACCCAGGGUCUCUUGGAAACAACCUAAGUGAAGUGCAGAAGGUCCUCCAGAUAGUGGACAACACAGUGUGCAGGCAGAAGAUGGAUGGUAACCCAGAGGAAAUCUCUAAGCUCAGGGCUUACAUGAAAGAGCUAGGAGCACAGAUGGAGGAACAAAAGCUGGCCCUUUCCUCUUCACGGGCAGGUUUCCAAGUGGUGGGCCACAGCAGCCCCACCAAAAGUAUCAUCGACUACACACUGGAGAAGGUCAACGAAGCCAAGAGCUUGAUUGAUGACUCCAAGAGGCAAGUGGACAUGAAGAAAGAAAAGUCCAACCACUCUGUUGAUCUCAGCAGUGAGGAAAAGUCUCAUGAAAGUCUUUCCCAGUUCGUGCAAUUCUCCUGUCAGUACUGCAAGGAGACCUUCCCCGGGCCUAUCCCACUGCACCAACAUGAGCGCUACCUGUGUAAAAUGAAUGAAGAGAUCAAAGCAGUCCUGCAGCCCAGUGAGAGCAUUCCUGUCAGCCGCAGGGGUGUAAUGCCAUCAGAGCAGCCAGCUGCAUUGCUGUCCAGUGCUCUUCCAGAAAGGGCUGCCACCAGCCCCAUUAACCCUUUCAAGGACCAUGUGUCAGUACUCAAGGCUUAUUUUGCCAUGAACACUGAGCCCAACUCAGAGGAACUUUUGAAGAUUUCCAUCGCUGUGGGACUUCCUCAAGAAUUUGUCAAGGAGUGGUUUGCCCAAUGGAAGAGCCAAAAUAACCAUGGAAACAACUUGAGGAAAAGGUCACCCCCACCUGACCGCAACUGCCCUGAGGUCAACCACAGCCUAAACAGGUCACCCAUGUCCUUGGCUCAGCAGGUCAUGUCACUCUCUGCUGCAGAUUUACAUGGAGGCUCCACCAAUGGUGAUUCCUCCCACAGACUUUCAAAGGCCAACCAGUUUACAACCAACAGACAUACAGGGGAAAAACCACUAGACCCCUUGGACCACUUAAGGAGCAGCACUCCAUCACCCCUCAACCUCUCUUCUACUUCAUCAAAAAACUCUCAGAGUAGCUCUUACACUCCAAACAGCCUUGCUUCUGAGGAUGCCCAUGGGGACAUACCAUUGGAUUUGUCUCUGCCAAAACACAUGGCGCACAAUAAGGGCAUCUCAUUGGGGGAAAAGCGGCUUAAAGUGAAUGGUUUCAUGGUCGAACGUAAUGGUGAGGCACCAACAAGGGAACAGGGGUCCGGGCCCCUGGAUUUAGCCAACAUCAAGAAAGAGUUCCUUGGCUCUGACAACAACACUGGAGGGAACACUGGCCAUCAUCUUGAGAAAAGUACCAGUCCCAUCUUUGGGAUCAAUCCCUUUGCUGGUGCUCCCAUGUACACAUCCCUGCCGCCUCACGGGGCCUUCCCUCCACCCACCUUCAUGUCUCCAGCACAGGCUAGCAUCCCAGGCCUUAGGCCCUACCCAGGGCUGGAUCCAAUGAGCUUCUUGCCCCACAUGGCCUACACUUAUGCUACAGGGGCAGCCACGUUCGCUGAAAUGCAACAGAGAAGGAAGUACCAACGGAAACAGGGUUUCCAGGGGGAGCUACUGGACGGCACCGCAGACUAUCUGUCAGGCCUGGAGGACCUGACAGACAGCGAUUCGCUUCUCUCCAGGAAGAAGAUUAAGAAGACUGAAAGUGGUAUGUACGCGUGUGACUUGUGCGACAAAACAUUCCAGAAGACCAGUUCCCUCCUAAGACACAAAUAUGAGCACACAGGCAAGCGACCACACCAGUGCCAGAUCUGCAAGAAGGCCUUCAAACACAAGCACCAUCUCAUCGAGCACUCACGGCUGCACUCGGGUGAGAAGCCCUACCAGUGCGACAAGUGCGGCAAACGCUUCUCUCACUCGGGCUCCUACUCCCAGCACAUGAACCACCGUUACUCCUACUGCAAGAGGGAGGCCGAGGAGAGGGAGGCCGCCGAGAGAGAGGCGCGGGACAAGGGCGCCCUGGAGCCCACCGAGCUGCUGAUGAGGAGGGCCUACCUGCAGGGCCUGGGGCCCCUGGGCUACUCCGACCCCGAGGACCAGCAGGAGGACAGUGGUGGCACCAUCCUGAGGGAUGGCACGGAGGGAGGAGGUGUGAGAGGACGAGAGAGGCAAGUGGAAGAGGCGUACGAGGAGGUGACAGACAGACGGGAGGCAAGUUUCAGGGAAAGAGAGGAGGAGGAAGAGGAAGAGGGCAACAGCAGGAGCCUGGGUGUGCAGAUGGACCCGACGACGAGGGACGGCGACGAGGGCAAAGAUACGACACAUUCGAUGGAUGAUAGUUCAAGAGAAGGGAAAACAGACGGCAAGUCGGACCAGGACGAAGCAGACUGAUUCAAAAAUAGCACGGUAGAGAGGAAAAAAAAAGAAAAAAAGAAAAGCUUUCAAAAAUAUUUGUCAUGUUGGUUUGUGUCAUUUCCUUUUUUUUUUUUUCAUUCUUCCAGCAAACAUGAAACUUGCUCUGUUUCAGAAUAACAAGGCAGAGGCUCGGUCUUCGGAGAGCUCUCUUGCUUUUCUUUUUUUUUUCUGAAGAUUGUAAAGAUAGACUCAAGAUGCAAUGUGGUGCCUGCCAACAUCAGAGUCGUGAUCACAAGCUGGGUGGGAUUGUUUAAAAAUCCACAUUAUGCAAAAAAGAGAAGUAAUAAUGAUUAUCAUUAUAAUUAAAUGAAAUGAAGCUGUUUUUAAUGUACAGUAUUAUAAAGGCCUAAAAGCUGUGUGGUGCUAUAAUGUUCUUAACCUUUCUGUUUCUCAUCGUGUUCAUACCCCAAACCAGGAAAUUGCACUCUGCCCUCUUAAUCACUACAAAAACACUUUUGGAAAAAAAAAAGAGAGAAAAAAAAAGUCUAUGGAUAUUUAUGCCAUGCUUGAAGACUCGGUAGCAGUCUGUCAGUGUUGUAUUUUGUCUGCCACUUACUGUGAUGUCCUUGGUUUUUACCCUCUUUUUGCAAGGCGAACUAACCACACAAUUUUGGGCCUCACAAUUUCUUUAUGUGAAGGAACUUUAAACCUGUGUGAUUUAAAUAUGUUGAUGUGAGUCUUAAAAGUGGACAGAGGAGUGGAGAAAAAAAAAAGUAAAGGGGAGAAUAACAAAAUAUGAAGGGCUCCGUAUAAAAAGACAGAGCCUUUGUGUGUUUUAUUUUCUCAAGAGAAAGCCUUAUAUGCAAACCUUUUCACCUGUGCGUUUCUGCAAGUGCCAUCCUUGUACAGUGUAAAUCAGAGUCGACCUGUGUUAUCUUUGCUCUGGCUUCAGUAUUAAAUGAAUAUUUCACCUUGUUUAUGAAGUACCUAUGUCAGUAUUAGCAUAGAUAGACAGCAGUUUGUUAGUUUACAUGUUUGUGCAAUUUUCUGUAUUUUCCAUGACCUUUUGUCAGUAUUACUUUUUUGUUUUUGUUUUUUUUUUCUUGAUUUUUUCCAACAUAAAUUUCAUUUUGUUUUUAUUUUAAGAUUACCAUUUUAUUUAUGUGACUCAUUUUAUAUUUCCUAAUUUUAUUUAUUUCAUACUGUAGUGUACAGUAUUAUAGUUCCUCAACAAAUAGAUAUAUUUUAGUAAAAAGGAUUCUGUCAUUGACUAUUGGAGCAAAAUAUGAAUAGAGCGUCUAUGGUAUUUGGAAAUUUUCAAUUUUUUUUGUUUUCUUUCCUUUCAACUACUGGAAAUUCUAAAUUUGGGGAACUUUUGAUACGAUAUUGUUAAAACACUGUAUUUUUGAGAGAAAAAAAAUCCACUUUAUUCAUCCCGCUGAAGAAGUGAAGAGGGACUGUUGAUGAUGAAAUUCCUGAAAUGUCUGAAGUAUUAUUGAAUUUUUAAUUUCUCUUGGAAAUGACCAUGCUCGAAUAAAUGUAGCCAAAUUAAAUUUUAAUAAAGCUGUGUUAUUCUUCUUGUA